AUGGCUCUGGAGGAAGAAGACGAAGAAAGACGAAAGCAGCGACCUGUUACAAGACGGAAGUGGGUUGAUAACGCUUGGAAGAGAAGGACGAUAGAAGGAGAGUUUUACAGAUUGAUGCCUCAUCUCAUUGAUAACGAAACAAACUUUUAUGAGUAUUCUAGGAUGUCUCUAAUCACGUUUCAUAAACUGUUAUCGAAAGUAGAAGCACAUUUGCAAAAAGAAGAUACAUUUUGGAGGCAAGCUAUAACUCCAAAACAUCGUUUUGCUGUGUGUUUAAGAUUUCUGGCUACUGGAGAUUCAUUCAAGACUAUUUCUUUCAGCUACAGACUGGGCAGAUCAACAGUUGCAGAAAUUGUUCAUGACACUUGUAAAACAAUAGUGAAGAUUCUCUUAAACGAAUUUAUGCCAAUACCUAAUGAAGAAGGGUGGCAUACCAUAGCAAACGAAUUUUGGAAUGAGUGGCAGUUCCCAAACUGUAUUGGUGCCUUGGAUGGUAAGCACAUCACAAUACAAGCCCCUAAGUUAUCAGGAAGUCUCUAUUGGAAUUAUAAAAAAACUUAUUCAAUUGUCCUGUUGGCUCUGGCACCUUACUACAACUUUAUUGUAGUAGAUGUGGGUGGAUAUGGAAAAAACUCAGAUGGAUGUAUUUUCUCAAAUUCAAAAUUUGGCAAAGCAUUGGAAAGUGAAAAACUUAAUAUUCCAAAGAAAAGAACGCUUCCUGGAAUAAACUUAGAACUUCCACUGGUUUGUGUUACUGACGAAGCAUUCGCUCUCAAACCGUACAUGAUGAGGCCAUAUCGAAGUAAAGGCUUGACAGAUGAAAUGAAUGUUUUCAACUUCGGGUUAAGUAGAGCAAGAAGGGUCUCAGGAAAUGCUUCCGGUAUCUUGCAUCAAGAGUUCCGAAUAUUUACUAAAAGGGUACAAGGAAACCCUCAGAACAUAACAAUAGCUACACUAGCUGCUUGCAUAUUACACGACUUUAUUAGGAAAAAUGGAGGUUGGAAUUUGCGUGAGAGCUCUGAAAGUCAAUCCAAUGCAAAGGAGACUUCAGAAGGAAGACCAAUAACUCUACAGAGACUGCCUCGUGUUCGUGGAAGGUCUACGGCGGAAGCAUUCGAUGUGAGAGAUCACCUUAAACAUUUCUUUAGUUCGCCAGAAGGAUCUGUGAGGUGGCAAGAACAAUCUACUUCAGUCAUUUAG